AUGUCUCACCGUCUUCUAGAGAUCUUGCCACUCCCUUUCCUGGUUGUGGGCGGCCGUUGUGCAAAGAAGCAUUAUCAAGAAGGCAGAAAGCAUUUAGCUAAAGUUCUCAAUGUCAAACUCAGUGGUAACACUUCAAUCGGCUUCGAAAUCCUUUUCGAAGACCAGAGUGUGCGGCGCAUAACAGCCUUUGUCGACCACCCGGUGGCAUCAAUGUUCAACCCGAAUGCAACUGCACAAUACUCUCUACGAUUGGACGCUGGCCUGAACUUCAUGAUGUGGCUGUUAGGACUCCCGCACGACGAGAGAUCCUUCACCGAGACAGGAGCCAAAUUUCAAAAGGGUAUACCAGACAGUGCUCCACUUAAAGAAGUGCACGAGUACGUGAAAAUGGAAACCAACCUCAACAGAACCUCACAGUGCUUGAACAUGAUUCUGCCUUUCUGA